AUGGGGGACACAUCUGAUAAGAAACCCUCCACCACCGAGGAAGGCGACCUCGAAGACGUCGAGCAAAAAUAUACCGAGUGCUAUGGCAGACUCCAAGCUGUAUCUCCGGGUGGCUCGUUCGAGACAAACUACGGUCUCGAGAUUUGCCGACUAUCUGCAUUGAUAACUCACUUCAACCGCUGGGGAACAGCCAUGGGAUUCACCAAGAUAUCGACCUCUUCGCCGUCAACGGAGGAGCGCUCAAAACGACUAUCCGGAAAUAGUGCAAUGGAAGAGGAAUCAGUCUUCAAAGACACGGCAACAGAGGAAGAAACCCGGACUCAAGACCCGAAGACCCAAAUUGCAAAGUCGACCGAAGGGGUACAAUCCUUGUAUGCAGGUUUGCAACGAAUCAACGUAUCCCGAGCACCGACGAAGGGCUUACCCGAGACAAAUAAUGUCUCCGUAACCGUCUACGAGAAGGAAACGUUCGACAUAAUGCUACAAACAGUGCACACUCAAAUCCACCGACUGAGCGAUCUUUUCCCAUCCCUGAAAAAGGAGCAAGGGUCGCUUGCUUCUGAUGAAGUCCAUGCUAUCAAGAAUGCCAGGAAGGAUAGUAUUCUAUGGCUCAAUGAGAUUGUCACUUCUGAUGAUUCCUUCCUUCGUGAAGCGCUGGACCAAGAAAUCGCCAAUAAUAGGGACUUUUAUACUGAUAUAGAAGUCAAGGAGAAAUUUCACGGCCAGUUCGGUAGCAAGUAUGCCAAGGGGGAACAGCCAAGCAGGCCGACGACUUGGAAGGGAAUCGUCGCUGGGGGAGAAGCAAAUGUUCAAUUUGGUAAUAUUUAUGGAUUGUGA